AUGACGGGCCGUCACGUCAUCACCAAUUCUCUCGUCGUUCUCUCCGAUGAGGAGGCGGGUCAGCAACUGCACAUUCUUGCCUGGGUCCAGCAGCAGCUGGCUCAAUUUGGCGGCAGCGAGGCGCUGGCAAGGCUAAAGGACGCGCGCAUGAAGGUGCGGGAUGAGUUGGUGUUGACGGUGGUGCAGCUGGCUUUGCGAUGCACGUCUAAGCAGAGCGCCAUGCGGCCGGCCAUGGGGGUGAUUGCAGCCGAGCUGGAGGCCGUGCUGGUGGCGCUGGGCCGUAGCAACUCCGCCGCCCGUCAGGUGGACCUGCAAUUGGAAUCGCAGAGGAUGUCAGUCUCGAAUCUGGAUGCAGAGAUUGCGCGACUGAAUUUGUUGCUUAAGGGGAGCUGA